GAUUGUCAGUGUCUGUAACACUUAACUAACAUACCACAACUUCCCUAUUACCCUUAAUAGUAACAAAAAUAAUCUUCUUUAAUUUUCGUAUCGCACUCAAUUACAAGUGUUAUCAAUUGUCAAUUGAUUGUUUAUUUGAAUAACAGAAACUAUAUAAUCUUUGUAAAUCUAUAAGCUUCUUAUUUGACAAAUACUUUUAAGUGAUAAGUAUAAAAUAUUAUAAAUAAAAUUCAUGGAAUAAAUCACUGCCAAAGAAGUUUAAAUUUUUCGAUUAAAAUCUAAUAAAUAUUAAUUCUACCAUAGUUUUGAUAUUUAUAAAUAAAUAAAUAAAUAAAUCAUGAGUCUUUUACUUGAAGAAGAUGAAGUUGACGAAUACAGUGAUGGAUCAGUACGGCUCAGAAAUCCAAAUAUUGAGUUGAUGGAUCAAGACAUUCUCUACCAUCUAGCUCUUGGAAGUGGUUCUCAUGACCUGGUCGAAAUGUUUGGUGAUGUAAAGUUCGUCUGCAUGGGGGGAACACCAAAGCGGAUGGAGAACUUCGCCUAUUUUAUUAUGAAAGAAAUAGGUCACAAGCUUCCAACUGGUACUACUUUGCUGGAUAUCAGCCAGUACUCUUAUCGCUAUUCCAUGUACAAAGUUGGUCCAGUUUUAUCAAUCAGCCACGGAAUGGGGAUCCCAUCCGUAGGGAUAUUGUUGCACGAAGUUAUCAAACUAAUGUAUCAUGCUAAAGUUCGUGACCCCAUAUUUAUUAGAAUUGGAACAUGCGGUGGAGUUGGCCUUGAAGGUGGAACAGUCGUUAUAAGUGAAGAGGCAGUUGAUGGAAUGCUCAAACCAUACUACGAAGUGCCAGUGUUGGGUAAAAUGGUUCGACGGCCAGCAAAAUUAGAUAAACAGUUGAUAAAGGAGUUGAAUGCAAUGUCGCAUCCUGAAGAUCCUUAUGAUACAGUGAUCGGCAAAACAAUGUGCACACACGACUUUUACGAAGGCCAAGGUCGUCUUGACGGCGCAUUCUGUGAAUUUACGGAGAAUGAUAAAAUGGAGUACCUUCAAAAGUUGCAGAAAGCAGGGGUUGUAAAUAUCGAAAUGGAAGCUGUAGCUUUUGCAGCGCUUACACACCACGCAGGUAUUAGGUCUGCUAUUGUAUGCGUUACGUUGCUAGACAGACUGAAAGGCGAUCAGUUAAUGGCACCUAAGGAAGUCUUAGAGGAGUGGCAGAAGAGACCGCAAAUUUUAAUAUCACGAUACAUUACCAAGUACCUUCAAACAAAAGGCCGCUUAUCACUAGAAGGCCAUGGUUCUAUGGCGGUUAAAAGCCCACGGCGUUUCAAACUCGUGCAACAGGAGUCUGAGAAUUACGACUAAGCUCCUAUUUUAUUAAUUUCUUGUCUAACAUUUAUUCAAAAAUAUUCUUUUUCUUUUUCAUUCACAAAUAAAAUUUAAAAGUUCUGUCUCUCAAUUAAUACUUAUCAUUGAUGAGACUGAAAUAAACUUUACGGCUUUAAAUAAUUUAAAUCUCGGGUCGAGAACCUCAAUAUUAUAAAUUUUAGUGUCUUUUAAAUAUUAUUUUUAGUUUAGUUUAUUGAUUUAUUUAUUAAUUCAAAGCUAAAGAUAAAAACUUUUAAAAUUGAUUCUUGUUAAAUUAAAAUCACUAACUAUUAUUAUACUUUUGUACUAUUAUUAAAUUUUAUACUUAUUUUUUAAUGUGUUCAGUUAUGUAAACUAUUAUUUAAUAAGUUUUAUAUUAAAUUACUGGCACUAGUGGAGAAAGAAUGAUAAUUUUGCCGCGUUGCUGACGCAGCACACAAGUACAAAUGAGUGCCGGUUUUAAUUGCAUGUGGCAAAAAAAAUUAAUAAGCUAACAUAAUACUUAAAUGAAAAUAAUAUUUAAAAAUUUAGAAAAAAAAAAAACAAAACAAAUAUUAAUAAAAAAUGAGGAAAUUGUUUAGAUGCGGCCCCGCCUAUUUUCGGACACAAAAAAUCGAAAGAUGAAAUCAAUUAAAUUUUUUUAGAAAUUAUUCUUCUCUGCAGUGAAUUUAUGAAUCCUUUAUUAAAAAUUAUUGUGAUUGCAUGGGAACCCAUAAGAAUUCAUAUAAAAACGUAUGGAUUUAUGUGAGAAUCCAUAGGAAUUAAUAUAGGAGUGUAUGGAUUUCUAUAAGAAUCCAUGUAAGAAACCAUGGAUAUCUGGAUUCCUAUGGGAACUUGGAUACAUGGUUUUUUGUGGGAAAUUUAUAUAGGCAUCUGUUUCUAUAUCUCUAUCAAAAAAAUUCAUAGAAUAGGAAAUCUAGUCUAGAUUCUUAUAUGGGUUCCGAUAGGAAUUCAGUAUCGAUCCCGAUAUAGAUUUUUACAUGGGUUCCUAUGGAAAUUCAAAUACCUAGAUGCCUAUGUGAAAUUCUUACAUGGAAAUCCAAGUACCCAAAAUUUCCUAUGUGGAUUUUUUCACAUAGAAAUUUAGAUACCCAUGUUUUUCCACAUAGAUUCUUAUAUAAGUCCAUACUCCUAUAUGAAUUUCUACGGGUUCCCAUGCGAUUGUUUUUGCUGAAAUUUUUUGAUAACCAUUUUUCGAUUUUUAAAAUUUGAAAAUAGACGGAGUGACACAUCUAAUUAAUUACCAA